AUGCCGUCCAUAACGCGCUGCACGGGACAGAUUAUUUGCCAAGGUUGUCAAGUGACGCUCGCGUAUCCCAUUGGGGCACCUUCUGUCCGUUGUCCGCUAUGCGCGUCUGUUACUCAUGUGCGUCAAUUCAGCGUUACAUGCGUCCAAUGCCGUGUUGUGCUUAUUUUAGCACAGAAUACCAGUCUAGCCAUGUGUCCACAGUGCCGUGUUGUUAUGAGCAUCCCCGCCUGCAUGCGUGACGGGUGGUCGAGUUUGUUCCCUCCGGAGCAGUGCGUUUAUAUCGAGAGACCGGUGAGAGCCGGCGCGUCACGCACUUUACCGCGCAUUGCUGUCGGAACGAAACUCGAUGAUGAUGAAGACCCCUAG